AUUUUUCAGUAGUUGCCGUGGUUUGGCGGUAACGCAGUUUAGUGAGUACGGAGAUUUUUUAAUAAAAUAAGGAAGUUAUCAUAUUUCGUGCAAAUGUAUCGGUAAUAAUAUUCUUAGUACUCUUGAAUGAAAACAUUUUUGAGUUAAAUUUCUAUGUAAUCAUAAUGAAACGACGAAAAAUAUCAGAGAUAUCAAUACUGCAUUAAAAACGAAACCUUUAAUUUUGUGUUUGGGUGUGUGGUGUGGUUAUAUCUACCUCAGGAAAAAUUUACUGGCGGAAACGUUUAGAUUUCAAAAGUGUUGUUCAAAAAUGUGUUGGAAUAUCUAUUUUGUACUACUUUCUUUUGCUUCGCUACCGAUGAAAGGAAAUACCCAGCUAGCUGACAAUACACCACCUUCAGUUUGGUUAGCAGACAGAAAUUGGAACCUCCGUGAAAAUGAAACAGUCGGUACUAAAAUAUCACAAGCACAUGGAGAUGAUACUGACGAUGAAGUUCUUACUUAUAGUCUCGAACCAAUAUCAUUUGAUGGUAAAUACGUGAGACUACCAUUCAGAAUUGACAACGAAACUGGCACAGUAUAUUUGAACGAAUCCUUGGUUGGCAGAGCAGGAGAAAAUUUACACCUUUAUGUACAAGUAAACGAUGGCAAACUCGAAGCAAAAACAGAAGUAAACGUAAAUAUAUUAGCCGCUAAUUCUCGUUUUAAUCCAUCAAGACCGCUUAGGCCUCCUUCGAAUGGUAUUAUAAAUUACCCGGGAAUGAUACACAGAUCCGGACAACAUCCUCCUAUAUUAAACUAUCCAAAUGGCAAUCACCAAUCUGUGAUAAAUUAUUCACCGUUCAUACCAAACCCACCUUACUUUUCAGAUAUCAGAAAUCCUUCAACAAAUGAUAUGAAAAGCACGAAUAAAACUACGAUAUUGAAGCCAGUACUAGUGAAACACGAUGAAAUUGAUAACAGUAUUAGUGAAAAAACAAAAGAAACUACCACUACAACGGCGAAAAUGAUAACAAAAACAUUUCUUCAGGACGAUAUAGAAUCUACGAAUGAGCUGUUAACAUCAGAUCUACCAAUCAGGUCUACAGAAACACUAUCUGGUACUAUAAUUCCUAUAGCAGCAGUGAUUGGUGUAUUUUUGACCAUUGGUGGUAUUGCUUUCGUAUUUGGAAAGAAAAUUUACAAUUCUAAGGAAGGAGAUGGCAAAGAUGACAUUCGUAAAGAAUUUCCGAACGGAACUGUCGUUCAAGAAGAUCCUGGUGUCAAUUUGCAGGAAUGGAGAAGACCCAGGGCGUCCAGUAAUCGUUAUGAAGCAUGGAACUUGGAUGCAGGUCGAAUACCGGUAGGAAAUCAACUUUCUACAUCAGAUAACGAUACUGAUCGGUGGGAAUUUCCUAGACAUCGGCUUAAGUUUUUCAAUAUAUUAGGAGAAGGAGCUUUCGGUCAAGUAUGGAAAUGUGAAGCUCUAGACUUAAAUGGCAAAGAUACUGGCGUGACUGUUGUAGCAGUGAAAACUCUAAAAGAAAACGCCAACGAAAAAGAAAAAUCAGAUCUUCUAUCCGAACUUCAAGUUAUGAAAAUGCUGGAGCCCCACGCCAAUGUUGUCAGAUUGUUAGGCUGUUGUACAGAUAAAGAGCCGAUUUUCCUGAUCAUGGAGUAUAUUAGCAAAGGAAAAUUACAGGGAUACUUGAGGAAUUCGAGGGCGGAAAGGUAUUAUAAUAAUAUGCACGGACCAAGUCGAUCGCUCACCUCCAGGGAUUUAACUUCUUUCGUUUACCAAGUUGCAAAAGGAAUGGAAUUUUUAUCUGAAAAUGGGAUAAUUCAUCGAGAUUUGGCCGCUAGAAACAUUCUUAUAACCGAGGAUCACGUUUGUAAAGUAGCAGAUUUCGGUUUCGCGCGAGAUAUUAUCGCUAAUCAUAUAUACGAAAGAAAAAGUGAAGGCAGAUUACCGAUUAGAUGGAUGGCGCCGGAAUCACUAUACGAUAAUAUUUUCACAAUUAAAUCUGACGUGUGGAGUUUUGGUGUUCUUGUUUGGGAAGUUGUCACUCUUGGUAGUACACCGUAUCCUGGAAUAUCCGCUGUAGAAGUUAUGAAGAAGGUUCGAGACGGUUUUCGCUUGGAUAAACCUGAACACUGCAGACGCGAACUAUACAAUAUAAUGUAUUAUUGUUGGGACAAAGACCCCAAGGAAAGACCCUCUUUCACAGAGCUAGCGGAAUUGCUGGAGAAAUUGCUGCUUACAGAAACGGACUAUAUUGAAUUAGAAAGGUUUCCCGAUCACUCUUAUUAUAACAUGAUGAGUUUAAGUGGUGAAAAACUGUAACUUGUAAUAGACUAUUAAUAAAUUGGGUAACUAUCUAGAUUAGGUUACACCCCUCUGAUUUCGUUAAAAUUUUAGUAUGUUAUAGAGAAAAUUUUUCCAACUUUGAAGUUCCAGAAAAAGAAAAAUAAUUUAUACAUCAUAGUUUACCUUCGCAUGUUUCAUUACCUAAAUGGCAUCAUGUAUCAUAAAAUUUGCAGAGAACUAUGUUGUAUAAGUUAUUUUUCUUAUUCUGGAACUUUAAAGCUGAAAAACUAUUUGAAGGGAUUAUUUCCGCGCCCUACAUAUAUACAUCAAAUUUUUCAGCAUAAUUUUCGCUAUAACAUACUAAAAUUUUAACGAAAUCGGAAGGGUGUAACCUAAUCUAGAUAAUUACCAUAAAUUGUUUGUUUUGUAUUCAAAUGUUGAAAUAAUUAUGUCUAAUUGUAUAUAUAAACAUUUUAUGUAUGCCUUAACAAAUAUAAAAAUAACUGUGAUUUUGGUUAAAUACAGAAUUAUAAGA